CCAUCCACGUCAUUGAAAAUGGCGAGAUUUCAUUCCUUUUGAUGGCUUGAGGAAGACACAAAUGGAAAAACGUUUCAGUUCGUUUUUACAUCUCACAGAUAAUUUAGUAAUUCGGUACCUUAUUCUGGUUCAAAAAUUAAGUGAGUUUGAAAUAGAUAUAUUAAAUGACUGACUUGUGAUCUAUAAUUUCUUAAGAUGCUACCACAUAGUUCAUAUAAAGUAUGAAAACAAAUGGCAAAUUUCAGUAUAUUUGCAGCCAUUUAUUUUCUUGUCAGAAUUAUAACAUUGACAUUAACUUUUAGUUUCCACUUACAAAUAUUUUGUAAAUAUUCAAUUUCCUUUACAAAUUCCCUCAAAUAUGUCAGCACACUUUUUCUCCACUUAUUUUACAAGAUGAGAAAACAAACUAGGAUAUGCUAUCAUUCAUUUAUUCAACAAUAAGUAAUCACUUAUAUGUCCCAGGGACUGUGCUAGGGAAAGGGAGAGAGAGAAAUAAUUCAUUGCGUCAAUAUAACAAGUGCAAACAUGAAAGUCAAUUUCAGACUAUCAUAUUUUCUAAGACAUCUUAUGUCCCUUUUUACAAGCAUGAAGACGGGAGAUUCAGAACACCUGCUAGUUAUGCUAGGUUCUUGCCCCAAACCUCAUAUAUAUAUACACACAUUGUUGAGAUGAGAACUGAGUUCAUAUUAUUUCUUUAACCAUAUUUCGCAGAGUCUUAGCAAGUGAACAGCAAUGUGAAGUGAAACAAAGAAUUCAAAAAUUACUCCUUUUUGUAAAGUUCUCUUCUUGACAAUAUGUGGUAUUUUGAAGUUUUAUGUGAAUACAAGAGCUCCAAGAAUCUAAGCUUAGAAUUUAAAUAGAGUACUUUUUACCUUGGGUUAAAUUUCUUCAAAAGCAAAGGCUAAGUCCAGACCUUGGUGCAGUUGUUUUAUUGGGGACAUGUUCCCAGGAAGCAAGGGUGGGGAGGCAGGCAGAGUGAGUUAGAGGAGAAAAGCCAAGACAAGGGCGCUAUCGAGGUUUCUACGCCGUGCAACUGGGGCUUGGUGCCAGUUGAACCUCCCGAGAAGCCUAGCCAACACCUUUCACUGUUGAAAUCUGGAAGGGAAGGGAGGCUGGGCGUUCAUCCUUCCGUUCCUUCGUGCAUAGGGUGGCUCUAGGCUAACACUUGGGAGAAAAGCAGAAAGCAUGCCAGAGGCAUCUCCUACAUCUUUGCUGAUGGACGAUUAAAAUGAUGGGAAAUUGGAGAAGUCUCCUCUGGAGAAAUUUCACAGCCCAAGAAAGAAGACUUAAAGAUACUGACACUGACCUAUGUUAACACCUUCUCCCCACUCCCUUGGUGUGAUAAGAGCCCAAUUUCAUUUGAGGUCGUGAUACAACCAACUAACAAUACAUUUUGUGGUCUUGCUUACGACUAGGUGUGGCCAGCAUUUAAUUUCUUGCCAAAAUGCAUAUGCAGAGUAUUGUGUGCACUUCUGGAAAGAGACUGGGAGCUUGCUUUCUCUGCCGUCCUCCUUCCUGCUGCCUAUAAUGAAGACACAACCAUAGCCACCUGGAGACCAUGAGGCAUUGCACUGAGAGCGGCGCAACCAGGUGGAGGCGGCCUGUAUCCUCGGGGAUGGGGGUUGCCAUAUGAGCCCUGGGCUACCCAAUCUGUGCUUCUUUUAAGUGAGGGAGAAAUAAGUUUUUGUUUUCUGAGUCAUCUGUUAGUUUGAGUUCUCUAUUCAACCAAAUCAUAUCCCAACUAAUGCAUCACAUGAAACAUCUGGGACCCACCUCAUCUCCCUGCAGUGAAGGUCAUCUCACAGGGCUUCCAGUCAGCUCUCUGGUCUCUCAUUCGUAAACAGAUUGCACAGCACAGAGUCUCUAAAUAUGUGAAAAAACCUCCUAAUGUGAGAAACAGGCACCAGAAGGAAAGUUUGAAGAAAUAGAAACAAUUCUUGGAGCAAAAGAAAAUGUCAAGAUAGACUUAAAAAUACUAUACAUCCUCAAAAGACAAGGUAUAUUCUACAUCCAAACACCACUAACAAAAUGCAAGAAAAUAAAUAAAAUAUUCAGAUAAUUAAAGCUCUUGGAAACUAAAAACACAACUGGGCUGGAAAAUAAUGUUGGUAGAAAGUAGUAAAAGAAAUAUCAGGAGCAUAGAAUUUCAACCCACAAGGUCCAACAGAUGUGUAUUCUAGAAAAGGUAAGGGAAAAUAGAGUGGGAAGAAAUUAUCAAAGAAACUACAGAGGAAAUUUUUCUUGAAGUUUUCAUAAUGAAAGGGUCUGCUUACUGCCCAGUAAAGUUAAUGCGAAAAGAAAAAGAAAAAAAGAAAAGAAAACCACAUCAAGAGACAUCAUUAUGAAAUUUCAGAAUAUCUCCAUAAAGAGAACGUUCCCAACAUUUUUCAGAAGAAAAUGCAUCAAGAAUCAGAAUGAAAGACUUCCCAGCAGCAAAACUAGAUUCUAGAAAACAAUGCAAGCGUGCUUCUAAUGUCUUAAAGAAAAUUUAUUUUGGUCUGAAAUUCUGUAGGCACGCUCUCAAUCAGGUGUCAAAUGGAAUAAGGGACAUUCUUAGGCAUGAAAAGAUGGAAAACAUUCAUUUUCCUUGUACCCUUUACACUGUCCACCCCCAUCCCCCUCGGCUAUCUUCAAGUAUAUUGGCAUCAGUUGGCCAGAUCUCCCAAAGCUCAUCUCUGCUGUGCUGCCUACUUCCUCGGGCUCUCCACACACCCCCUGUGUCAUCUACAUCCUACCCAUUUCAUUCUUCAAGAGCCAGAGGAAUCCCCACCUGGCUGAGCCGCUAGACCACACUCAUCAGCCGCAAUCCUACCUUUGGCUCUUCUCACACUCUGGAAUCUUCAGUGCACAUUUCGCCACUCGCCUCAGUUUCAUCUGGCAUUAAUUUCUGUACAUGUCUGAAUUCCCCAACAAGAUUGAAAUGGUAUCUUACUCAUGCUUCAGUUAACGGUGACAGGCAAAUAGCAGGUCCCCAACAAACAUGGGCUGUUUAUCCUAGUUAAUUACGGUAAUCUGACUCCUGAUCCAAUUGUCUUUUUGUGAUACCUUUCUAUCCAAGAUAUUCUGGGGUUUUGUUCAAAAGAAAAUUACUUUACAAUCUCUCAAGAACUUCAAAGAUAAGAAGAGCUCCAACUUUGCAAGGACAAUAGUAACUUGGAGGGUGGCUUCCUAUUAUAUUCAAUUCAAUAAUGAACAGUGAUUGUGUUUACUCAAAAACUGCAGAUCAUGAUUGCAAAAUCAAGUUAACCUAAGGGGAAAAAAAGCAUAUCAUGACACACUUCAUGGCAAAUGUCCUUUUCUGGUAUUAAUUAAAUGAUGAUACAAGCCAAUUCAUGCCACGUCUUACUCUUGUUUUCUAAAUUCUGUGGAAACAGAAACAGGCUUCAACAGAAAAGAGAGAGGAAUGAAGAGCCUUCUGCUUCAAUUUUUGCUCCUUAUAACGUUUUCUUCUGCAUUUCCUACAGACCGAAAGAUGGACACUGAAGAGAACAUGCGGCUGGCGCAGGCAUAUCUCAACCAGUUCUACUCUCUUGAAAUGGAAGGGAGUCAUCUUGUUCAAAGCAAGAACAGGAGUCUCUUAGAUGGCAAAAUUCGGGAAAUGCAAGCAUUUUUUGGAUUGACAGUGACUGGACAACUGGACUCAAACACUCUUGAGAUCAUGAAGACACCCAGAUGCGGGGUGCCUGACGUGGGUCAGUAUGGCUACACUCUCCCAGGGUGGAGACGAUACAACCUCACAUACAGAAUCAUAAACUACACUCCAGAUAUGGCACGAGCAGAUGUGGAUGAGGCUAUCCAGAAUGGCCUAGAAGUGUGGAGCAGAGUUACUCCAUUAACAUUCACCAAGACUUCCAAGGGGAUUGCAGACAUCAUGAUUGCCUUUAGGACCCGAGUCCAUGGCCGGUGUCCUCGUUAUUUUGAUGGCCCCUUGGGAGUCCUCGGCCAUGCCUUUCCUCCCGGUCUGGGUCUGGGUGGAGACACUCACUUCGAUGAGGAUGAAAAUUGGACCAAGGAUGGAGCAGGAUUCAACCUAUUUCUUGUGGCUGCUCAUGAAUUUGGUCAUGCACUGGGACUCUCUCACUCCAAUGAUCAGACAGCUUUGAUGUUUCCAAAUUAUGUCUCUCUGGAUCCUAACAAAUACCCACUUUCUCAGGAUGAUAUCAGUGGAAUCCAAUCCAUCUAUGGAAGUCUACCUAAGACAUCUGCUAAGCCAAAGGAGGCCAUGGUACCCCAUGCCUGUGACCCUGAUUUGACUUUUGACGCUAUCACCACCUUCCGCCGAGAAGUAAUGUUCUUUAAAGGCAGGCACGUAUGGAGGAUCUACUAUGAUAUCACUAAUGUGGAAUUUGAACUGAUCUCUUCAUUCUGGCCGUCCCUGCCAGGUGAUGUUCAAGCCGCAUAUGAGAGCCCCAAAGAUAAGAUCCUAGUGUUUAAAGAUGACAACUUCUGGAUGAUCAGAGGAUAUGCUGUCUUGCCAGAUUAUCCUAAACCCAUCCAUACACUUGGCUUUCCAAGACAUGUGAUGAAAAUUGAUGCAGCCCUCUGUGACCACAGUGACAGAAAAACCUACUUCUUUGUGGGCAUUUGGUGCUGGAGGUAUGAUGAAGUGACCCAAAGCAUGGACAAAGGGUACCCACGGAGAGUGGUGAAGUUCUUCCCAGGAAUUGGUCUCCGAGUCGAUGCUGCUUUCCAGCAUAAAGGAUUCUUCUAUUUCUUCCGUGGAUCAAAGCAAUUUGAAUAUGACCCCAAGGCAAAGAACACCACCAGAAUAAUGAAAAUCAAUACGUGGUUUCGGUGUGAAGAACCAUUAAACACAUUAUCUGAUUUUAGUAUCAGUGAGGAAGGAGUCCAUUCAGGAGGAGCAGAGAUGUUUUAUCAUAAGAAUUUAAACUUGCUUAUUUUUAGUAUUGUUCAUGUGCUGAAAAAAAUCUAUAGUUAUCAAUAAAUUCAUGGACCAAAAAUAAACCUCCAGAGGUCUUUUAAUCUGAAUUCUGCUUCAAAGUGGAAUAGAACUAUUCUUUCACAUAAGUUGCCUGCCCUCGUUCUAGAUAUCUAUUCGACAAAGAUUCCAUGGAUGUUUUCAGCUGCCUGAUUCUUUUUACAGGAAGUUAUCAUGCAUAAGCAAAACUCUCGCUGUACUUUAAUCCUAUUUUAUGCUUUGUGAACUUGAAAAAGCAAGCCAUGUAUCUUAUAAUAACUAAACACUGCAGACAUUUAUUAAACCAAUCUUUAG